AAUCGAUCUGCCCUGUCCUGGGCCAAGUUUUAAUCAAUGGCCAUAACCCCCAAUCCGAGAAUCGGGAAACCCAAUUCAGUGACUCCGAUGAGGCGACGAUCGUCGAUCAGAGGAGGAACUCACUCUUACAUUCAAAGGGCUUCAAUUUUGUGCUCAUUCUCAGAAGUGAUGAUCUUAAAGGAGUUUGUGUUGGGAGUGUGUUCGUAUAUAUAUGUGAUAUUUAAUCAUUCCACUUAGUUUUGGAAUUCAUUUAUCAUCGAUUAUGGGGUUUUGAUUUUUCCCUCCUAAUGGAUGAAAACCCUAGUACUAGACUCCAAUACCCUCCCAGAAUCAUCUCCUCAAUGAACCAUACUCGGCCAAAACCUCCUCAAAAGUCAUCACUGAAGCAGCAGCCCCAGAACUUUCCGUCACACCUUGAUGCACCUGAUGUGUCCCCCUCUGUUCGGGGUCUCUGUGAAAUUUUGAUCCGAGCCUCCCCACAUGAUAUUGAAUCUACUCUUUCUUCAUCUGACAUUGCCCCUACCCAGGACCUCGUCAAUGAGGUCCUCAGGUUCUCCUACAACUACCCUUCAUCUGCCGUGAAGUUCUUUCGGUGGGCUGGCCUCUCUCUCAAGCACUCUGCAUUCUCCUGGAACCUCAUUGUUGAUUUGCUUGGAAAGAAUGGCCUAUUUGAGCCAAUGUGGGAUGCCAUUCGCUCCAUGAACCAAGAAAGGGUAGUCUCGUUGGCCACGUUUGUAUCCGUUUUUGGGAGCUAUUGUGUGACUAGUAGAUUUGAUGAGGCAAUAAUGAGCUUCGGGAUCAUGGACAAGUAUGGUGUGCAGCAGGAUGUUGUCGCGGGGAAUUCUCUGCUGAGCGCAAUUUGUCAUGAGGAAAAUCAGACUUCCAAGGCGUUGGAGUGGUUUGAAAGGAUCAAGUCAAAGAUCCCACCCAAUGACGACACCUUCGCGAUCUUGUUAGAAGGAUGGGAAAGGGACGGUAAUGUGGCAAAAGCCAUGACCACAUUUGGCGAGAUGGUAGUGCGCAUCGGGUGGAGCCCAGAUAACAUGUCAGCCUAUGAUGCAUUCUUGACGACACUUGUUCAUGGGCACCACUUAGUAGACGCAGUGAAGUUUCUCAAAUUGAUGAGGGGGUUUAAUUGCUUGCCAAGUUUGAAAUUCUUCUCUAACGCUCUUGAUAUCCUUAUUAAGCAAAACGAUUCCUCCCAUGCAAUUCUGCUGUGGGAUAUCAUGGUGGGAAGUGGAUUACUUCCCAACUUGAUAAUGUACAAUGCGAUGAUUGGCUUGCUUUACAACAACAAUGAGAUUCAUGACGCAAUUCGGUUGCUCAAUAUUGUGGGGUUUCAUGGUUCUUUUCCUGAUUCUUUGCCGUAUAAUUUGAUUUUUCAAUGUCUUAUAAAGAACAAAAAGGUUCGUGAGGUGGGCAAGUUCUUCAUCGAGAUGAUCAAGCAUGAAUGGCCUCCAACCCCCUCUAAUUUCAGUGCAGCCAUCACAAUGUUGUUUGAUGGGGAUGACCCUGAAAUGGCAUUGGAAAUAUAGAAUUACAUGGUCGAGAAUCGAAUAUCAUCUCUGGAUGACAGUGCAAAUGCGUUGCUAAUUGGAUUGGGUGAUUUGGCUAGGUUGUCGGAGGUGAGGAGGGUUGCGGAUGAUAUGCUUGAUAGACGAGUAAAUAUAUAUGGAUCAACGAUGGAGAAGUUGAAGAAUGCUUUUUAUACAUGCGGUCGAAGUGGAAGGGAUAAAUAUGAUAGACUUUCAAGGAGAUGGAAAGAUUCCUAAAUUUCAUGGUGAUUUUUUUCUUUUUAAUUUUGAUUUUAGUGAUGUUUAACAAUAUUUUGGGCACCUGGCUGUCAUUUUUGGAAAAAAAUUUCCAAGUGCAGGUAGGUUUUACAUUUUCAUAAUUUUGGUUUGUGUAUAAUUAGUAAUAGUUGGGUACUCAUUUUCCCAUAUGUUUUUUUCUUCGUUAAGUUCUUGCAGUGAUAUCUUUUAGCAUGUAAACAUAGCCAUAAUUAAUUUUAUUUGCGUUAAAUUAUAAAUGUAUCCACCAAUCCUCUUGUCGAAAAUACUUAUUGCCAGUAUCAUGGCAAAUCGUUUUGUUUGCACAUCCAAGCCGAUUCUUCUUGGUUCAGAGAAUAUAAAUUUCCUCUUGUGACUGAUAUUGUGAAACCUCUUUAGAAAUCUAUUGGAAUUGUUGAUUUUAAAAUAUUCUCAGUCCAUACUUUAUGGGUUUAUACUAGAAGUGUUGAAGAAAGUGAUGCUCUUGAUUUUGACUAUAGUUUGUUGAGAAUGCAUAAUUUUUUGUUGGAGAUUCUGAAGUGAUCAGUGAUCUAGUAUGGUGCCUGUUCAAGUUAUAUUUAGUUCAAAGUGUUUCUUUUUGUUCAUAUGCAAAUAUUGGAUUCAUGUUUUGCUGUAUGUUUGUUACAAAUGUGUGCAAGGCAUUAUAUAUAG